AUGGCGACGGGGCGCCUCGGGGUCAGGGAGACGCUAGGGGCCCUCAACACGGCCCUGGGGCCUGGCGAACCCGUGUGGUUCAAGGAGACGCGCGCCCGCCACCUGCGCGCCCGAGACUUCCUGGCGCCGCGGCCCGCGCUGCAGGCGCGCUUCGGGGACGAACAGGUGCCCGAGCGUGUGGUCCGUGCGGUCGCCGGCCUGCAAGGCCCCGGCGUGGCCCCGGUGCUGCGCUGCGCGCCGACGCCCGCGGGUCUGGCACUCCAGCUGCAGCGGCCCGCCGUCUUCGAGCGCGUGCUCGGCGCCGUGGCCGCCUAUGCCGCGCCCGCCGCGCCCGCCGCGCCCGGUCCGCGCGUCCUCCUGCACUGCCCGGCGCUGCGCGGCGCUCCUGGCGCGCUCCGCUUGAGCCAGCUGCGCGCCGUGCUCGUGGCCGAUCAUUUGGCGCGAGCUCUGCGCGCUCAUGGGGCGAGUGUGCGGCUGGUGCCCGCCGUACGGGACCCGCACAUGCCGACCUUCCUGCAGCAACUGCGCGUGGACUGGCCCGCUGCCUCCGAGAGAGCCGCCACCGAAGCCCUGAGGAGCCUCGCGCUUGCAGAGCUUAGCCCUGCCCGGGACGGGGGAGCCCUGCCCCCUGGCGUCCUGGGCACUGUCUGCCUGAAGGAGGUGAUGCAAGAACGGGGACGCGCAGCCGGCUAUGACCCCAACCUGGACAAGUGUCUGGUGACUGAGGAUCUGCUGUGCGUGCUGGCCGAGCUGCAAGAGGCUGUCCGCCACGGGCCUGGGGACGGCCUUCCAGGCCUGGCAGCGACCCCAGAUGCUGAUGCAGGCGGCUGCAUGGUUGUACACGUGGUGAGCUGUGAGGAGGAGUUCCAGCAACAAAAGUUGGACUUGCUCUGGUGGAAGCUGGAUGCGCAGGCUCCGCUCACACAGAGGCACCUGGUCUGCGGCCCAGUGAAAGCAGCUGGUGCACCCGGCGCCCUGACUGCCCCCGAGUACUACGAGCUCCGGCACGCCCAGGUGUGCAAGGCGUCGGCCCUGAAGCACGGCAGGGAGCUAGCCCGAGACCCGGCCUGGACAGAGGUGUUCAGCGUCCUCUCCGUGGCGACCAUCAAGUUUGAGAUGCUCAGCACAGCUCCGCAGAGUCAGCUCCUCCUGGCCCUCACCGAUGGCAGCGUUUCCACAAAGGGCACCAAGAGUGGCACCUUUGUCAUGUAUAACUGUGCCCGUCUUGCCACACUAUUUGAGGGGUACCAGCACAGCGUGGAACAAGGUCUGUACCCCACUUUUCCACCUGUGAGCAGUCUCGAUUUCUCACUGCUGCAGGAUGAGGGUGAGUGGCUGCUGCUCUUCAAUGGCGUGCUCCCCUUCCCAGACCUGCUGAGCCAGACCGCAGCCCUGGCGUGCGCGGCCCCGGGGCUCCACGCGACUGCGCGCACCGAGACGAUGUGCAAGUUCCUGGUUCAGCUCAGCAUGGAUUUCAGCUCAUACUAUAACCGUGUACACAUUCUAGGGGAGCCUCGACCACACCUAUUUGGUCAAAUGUUUGCCCGUCUCCAGCUUCUGCGGGCUGUGCGUGAAGUGCUCCACGCUGGCCUAGCCACGCUGGGUCUCCCUCCACUGAACCACAUUUAA